AUGACUGGGUCUACUACAGCAGUACCACUCACUGGUUCUACUGCAGCAGUACCAAUCACUGGGUCCACUACAGCAGUGCGGAUCACUGGGUCCACUACAACAGUACCAAUCACUGGGUCCACUACAACAGAACCAAUCACUGGGUCCACUACAGCAGUACCAAUCACUUGGUCCACCACAGCAGUACCAAUCGCUGUGUCUACUACAGCAGUACCACUCACUGGGUCUACUACAACAUUACCAAUCACUGGGUCUACUACAGCAUUACCACUCAUUGGGUCCACUAAAAUAGUAACAAUCACUGGGUCCACUACAACAGUACCAAUCACUGGGUCCACUACAACAGUACCAAUCACUGGGUCCACUACAGCAAUACCCCUCACUGGGUCCACUACAACAGUACCAAUCACUGGGUCCACUACAACAGUACCAUUCACUGGGUCUACUACAGCUACAGCAGUACCAAUCACUGGGUCCACUACAACAGUACCACUCACUGGGUCCACUACAACAAAACCAAUUACUCGGUCCACUUCAGCAGUUCCAAUAGCUGGGUUCACUACAACAGUUCCAAAAGCGGGGUCCACUACAACAACCAACGGGUCCACUUCAGCAGAACCAAUCACCAGGUCCACCACAAAAGUACCGACCACCGAGUCUACUACAACAGUACCAAUCACUAGGUCUUCUACAACAGUACCAAUCACUGGGUCCACUACAACAGAACCAAUCACUGGGUCAAUUACAACAGAACCAAUCACUGGGUCCAUAACAACAGAACCAAUCGGGUCGACUAAAACAGUACCGACCAACGGGUCCAAUGUAUCAGUACGAAUUACUGGGUCGACUACAACAGUACCACUCACUGGGUCCACUACAAUAGAUCCAAUCACUGGGUCCCCUAAAACAGUACCAAUCACUGGGUCAACUACAGCAGUACCACUCACUGGGUCCACUGCAACAGAACCAAUCACUGGGUCCACCAAAACAGUACCAAUCACUGGGUCCACUACAACAGUACCAAUCACUGGGUCCACUACACCAGUACCAAUCACUGGGUCCACUACAACAGUACCGACCAACGGAUCCACUGCAUCAGUACGAAUCAUUAAGUCAACUACAACAGUUCCAAUCAUUGAGUCCACGACAACAGGACCGACAAACGGGUCCACUGCAUCAAAACCAAUCACUAGGUCUACUACAGCAGUAGCACUCACUGGGUCUAGUACAACAGUACCAAUCACUGGGUCUACUACAGCAGUAGCACUCACUGGGUCUAGUACAACAGUACCAAUCACUGGGUCUACACCAACAGAACCAAUCACUGGGUCUACUACAACAGAACCAACCACUGAGUCUACUACAACAGUACCAAUCACUGGGUCCACUAAAAUAGUACCAAUCACGGGGUCUACUACAACAGUACCAAUCACUGGGUCUACUACAACAGUACCGACUAACGGGUACACUAAAGCAGUACCAAUCACUGGUCUCACUGCAUCAGUACCAAUCACUGGGUCCACUGCAACAAACCAAUCACUGGGUCCACUACAACAGUACCGAUCACUGGGCCCACUACAACAGUACCGAUCACUGGGUCUACUACAGCAGUACCAAUCACUGGGUCUACUACAACAGUACCAAUCAUUGGGUCCACUACAACAGAACCAAUCACUGGGUCUACUACAGCAGUACCAAUCACUGGUACCAAUCACUGGGUCUACUACAGCAGUACCAAUCACUGGGGCUUCUACAACAGUACCAAUCACUGGGUCCACUACAACAAAACCACUCACUGGGUCUACUACAACAGUACCAAUCACUGAGUCUACUACACCAGUACCAAUCACUGGGUCCACUACAGCAGUACCACUCACUGGGUCCACUGCAACAGAGCCAAUCACUGGGUCCACCAAAACAGUAGCAAUCACUGGGUCCACUACAACGGUACCAAUCACUGGGUCCACUACACCAGUACAAAUCACUGGGUCCACUACAACAGUACCGACCAACGGAUCCACUGCAUCAGUACGAAUCACUGGGUCAACUGCAACAGUUCCAAUCAUUGGGUCCACGACAACAGGACCGACAAACGGGUCAACUGCAUCAGUACCAAUCACUGGGUCUACUACAGCAGUAGCACUCACUGGGUCUACUACAACAGUUCCAAUCACUGGGUCUACUACAGCAGUAGCACUCACUGGGUCCACUACAGCAGUACCAAUCACUGGGUCAACACCAACAGUACCAAUCACUGGGUCCACUGCAACAGUACCAGUCACUUGGUCUACUACAACGUACAGUACUAAUCACUGGGUCUACUACAACAGUACCAAUCACUGGGUCUUCUACAGCAGUACCAAUCACUGUGUCCACUACAGCAGUACCUAUCACUGGGUCUACUUAGGCAGUACCAAUCACUGGGUCUACUACAACUGUACCAAUCACUGGGUCUACUACAACAGUACCAAUCACUGGGUCUACUACAACGUACAGUACCAAUCACUGGGUCUACUACAACAGUACCAAUCACUGGGUCUACUACAACAGAACCAAUCACUGGGUCCACUACAACAGUACCAAUCACUGGGUCUACUUCAGCAGUACCAAUCACUGGGUCUACUACAACAGAACCAAUCACUAGGUCUACUACAACAGUACCAAUCACUGAGUCUACUACAGCAGUACCAAUUACUGGGUCUACUACAACAGUAA